AAGCCGUAUUUAAUCCAGCUUUUGGAAAUUAAAAAAAAAUGAAUGAAAAAUGGAAAUACUUUUUUUUGUUUGGGGGUAUAAAACACUUGACAAAACACUUUUUUGGCAAUCGAUUAAAGGAUUCGGCUUUUUUUUGGAGGGGGAUUAGUUGCCAUUGGUAUCGAUUAUCAUAAUUUUGUUGGUUGGUUGAUGUAUUUGGGUGAUUCUGGAAUUAUGACGUUAAAAUAUUGAUUGAUUUGAUUGGAUUCGAUUGGUUGCACACGGUGACAAAUAUGAAAAUCUGUAUGGCUCAACAACAACAACCAAAUCAGCUACUGCAGCAGCAAAGACAAAAUUCAAAACAUAAUUUCAAUGUCAAUGAUAAUCAUCAUACGACAACGACGACCACGAAAAACUUGACGACAAUGUUAAUCGAAGCAGAUGUACAUAAUGAUCAUCAUCGUUUAAAUUCUUUACCAUGGUCUUUGAAUGAUCCACUGAAUUUCAAUGAUAAUGAUAUUGAAAAUGAUGAUCCAUCAUAUUUAUUACGAACGUGUGAUAAUCAAUCGAUAUUAAGCUUGAAUACAAACUGUUCAUCAAUUAUUGAUGAUUACAACGAUGAUGAUGAAAUUGAAGAUAAAGUAUUGAAUAAAUUGGAUAAUAUCUUAAUGUCGGCCAUUGAUGAUUUUGGUGAUGAUGAUGAAAAUACCGAGCAAAAUGAUCCCGAUGUUGUUGAUAAUCCCGAUGAUGAUGAUGACACUAUUUCCACGUGUAGCAGCCAAUCAUCAAUAAUAUGCCGUCCUUUAAAUCAACAAGAAGAAACCGAUGAUAAUGUUGAAAUGAUGGCCGAACAUGAUGAUAAUUUUGUUGUUGAUGAUGAACGUAAAGAGAUAAUCAGUAUGGAAACAAUGAACCGGGGAAAUUUCCUACGGAAAAUCGAACGUUUUGGUAAUGAUGUUCGUGAUAAAUGUCUAUUUCCACUUGCAUUGCCAAUGGAUGGUAGUGAUAUUUAUCGUGGUCAUUCAACAUGGGAAAGUAUUAAUUUAUUAGCUGAUUGUGUAUUGAUGUUAUGGACAACAACAGCAACAACGACGACAACAAAAAAAUCAUCAACAUCGAUGAAUAAUAUUCUUAAUGAUCCGAUAAGAUUUUUAUGUUUAAAUCCAGAACUAAUGGAUCGACGAAAAUUUCCAUAUGCAAAAUCAUCAAGCGUUGGCCGAAGAUAUGAUCCAUUACCAUUUCGUCGUUGGUGUUCGGAGCUAGAUUUACGUGAUUUACAUCAAUCGGUUAAAUCCGCUGACGAUAAUGGUGAUGGACAAAAGUCUGGGAAUGGAAAAGAACAAGAACAAGAAGAUACGGAAAGAAUAUUGGAAAAUUUUUAUCGAAAAUCCAGAACUGAUUGUCGACAAUUAGCUAAUGAACAAGAGUUAAAAAAUCCAAAACGUUUAGCAGGAAGAAUAACCCGAUUAGAACAACGGAAUUUUCUUCGUAUUACCCGUCGUGAAAUAUUAAAUUAUUUAUUUGGAAAAAUUCAAAGUAAUAAUUUGAAUUUGAAACAAAUGAUCAGAUUUUCUGAAGAAUUAUCUGAACUGGUUGGCUGUUGGAUACUUCGUGAACGUUCAGUUGAAGGACGAAAACAAUUGAUAGCAUCAAUUAUUGAGGUUGCCUUUAUAUUAUUUAUGGGAAAAAAUUUUCAAUCAUUCGAAUCGGUCAUGCGUGGUCUUCGUUUACCUUUAAUUUAUUCAUUACACGAAUCAUGGCUUUCAUUACGUCGUAAUAAUCCUAUUCAUUUUCGAAUUUAUCAACAUCUAACCAAAGUAAUAUUCAAUCAAUUACAACAAAAAUCAUUGAUUUUUUAUCCACAACAACAACAACAACAUUCAUCCGGAUUAUCAUCUAAAUUACCAUCAUCAACGAUUCUACCAUCAUUGUAUACAUUUUUUGAAUUGUUAAAAUUGCGAUCAUUACCAAUCGUCAGUCGGUUGAUUGAUGAUAAUGGUGACCACCAUGACCAUCAUAUCGAUAUUCGAAAUCAUCUGGGAAAUCAAUCAUUAAUCGAUAUUAUCAAUGAAUAUCAAUGUAAUAAUGAUGUUGUUAAUUUAAGGCAUGUAAAAUUUAAUGGUAAACGACAACGAAAACAGCGAAAUAAAAUGGCGAAAAAACGACGAUUUUGGCCAUUUCCUGGUUUUAAGCGAAAACGCAAUCAACCAAAAUCGACCACUAUCAACGAUAAUGAUGAUGAAGAUCAAAAUGCCGAAAUUGCCGCAUCAUAUCUAUCAUUAUUAACAAAAAAAUUUGAUUCACAAUCGAUAAAUGAUGCAUUUCAUCGUAGAGAUAAUGAUGAUGAUUGUUUACGUUCAUUACGUUUAUAUAUUGAACAACAAUUUAUUAAUGAAAAUGAUCAAAAAACAUUACCCGAUCGUUGGCAGUAUAUAUCGUUGAGGAAUUUAAAUUCAAAUAUUCAUCGAUUAUUAGCCAUACAAUUUUUUCAUUUAUAUAAAAAUUUUAUCGAACAAAUUGAACAAUAUAGAUUUUGAAAAGUGAACAAAAACAAAUACAUU